AUAAUUCUAUCUUUUCGUCUAAUCAAUUUCAUACUGCUACUUUUUCUACUGCCUUUCUCUUCAAAGAUCUUUACAACUUCGCUAAUCAAGCAGAACAAGAAUUUAUCAUACUUAACCAAAAACUUAUUAAACCCAAUAAGUCAAAACUUUCUGAAACAAACCUUCAAACUUCAAGCUCUAAACAAAUAUCAUUUUUCUUUUACAACUAUCUUAAAGCAUAUUUAAAAUUUGUAGCAACCAAUGAACAAAUCACAAACCUUAAUCUUAAAGAUGCACUUAACAAACUUUUCUCUAAACUUACAGACUCACAAACCUUGGCCAGA